UGCAAUUAUCUUUGGACCAAGAGCUUUAUAUAAAUAAAGCGCGCUCGUGUUACCGGGGACUUGGGAGAAUAGGAAGGAAGGAAUCUUGUAAGUUUUUCGAGUAGAGGAACAUGGUCUCUAAACCACCGUAUAAAAUAGCUGACAUCAGCCUGGCCGAAUGGGGUCGUAAGGAAAUUACGCUUGCUGAAAAUGAAAUGCCAGGACUGAUGGCUAUCCGGGCGAAAUACGGAGCAGAAAAACCUCUGCAGGGCGCUCGGAUAAGCGGGUGCCUUCACAUGACUAUACAAACUGCUGUGCUGAUUGAGACACUGUUAGAAUUAGGAGCUGAGGUCCAGUGGUCAAGCUGCAACAUAUUUAGCACCCAAGAUCAUGCUGCAGCCGCCAUCGCUAAGAGAGGCAUCCCGGUGUAUGCUUGGAAGGGAGAAACGGAUGAAGAAUAUAUAUGGUGCAUUGAACAGACACUUGUUUUUAAAGAUAAUAAGCCCCUGAACAUGAUACUGGAUGAUGGUGGUGAUUUGACUAAUUUGGUGCACACAAAAUAUCCAGAGUAUCUGAAAGACAUACGUGGCAUUUCUGAAGAGACGACGACUGGUGUACAUAACCUGUAUAAAAUGAUGAAAGAAAAUAUGUUAAAGGUUCCAGCAUUUAACGUGAAUGACUCUGUAACAAAGAGCAAGUUUGACAAUCUGUAUGGUUGUAGAGAAUCCCUCAUAGAUGGCAUAAAACGAGCAACGGAUGUCAUGUUAGCAGGAAAGGUUUGCGUUGUUGCUGGUUAUGGAGAUGUAGGCAAAGGUUGUGCUCAGUCACUUAGAGCAUUUGGUGGUAGGGUCAUAAUUACAGAAAUUGACCCAAUAAAUGCACUUCAGGCUUCAAUGGAAGGCUAUGAGGUGACUACAAUGGAUGAAGCCUCCAAGGAAGGCCAAAUAUUUGUAACUACUACUGGUUGUAAGGACAUUAUAACAGGAGAUCACUUUUUGAAUAUGCGUAAUGAUUCUAUAGUAUGUAACAUAGGUCAUUUUGAUUGUGAAAUUCAAGUGACAUGGCUUGAGAAAAAUGCAGUUGAAAAGAUCAACAUUAAACCACAGGUGGAUAGGUACAGAUUGUCAAAUGGAAGGCAUAUAAUUAUUCUUGCUGAGGGUCGUUUGGUAAAUUUGGGUUGUGCCAUGGGUCACCCAUCAUUUGUUAUGAGUAACUCAUUCAGUAACCAAGUACUGGCUCAAAUAGAAUUGUGGACAAAACCCGGUAAAUACCCUGUUGGUGUUCACAUGCUUCCUAAGAAGCUGGAUGAAGAAGUCGCAGCUCUACACUUGGAACACUUAGGAGUGAAGCUUACUAAAUUAACACCAGAGCAGUCAAAAUAUCUUGGUGUUCCAACUGAUGGGCCUUUUAAACCAGACCAUUACAGGUAUUAAACAUCAAAUGGAAUUGGUCUGUUAUGGAAUAUGACAAUUGUCAGAUGUCUUGGCUGAUUCAGAACACACUGUGGUGUGGUACUUGAAUUUCCGUGUUGCAUUUUGUCAGUGGAAUGCAUGUAUUUAUAAUUUCUCUUUAGUGUGUGAUAUGAAUGCCCUUGGCAAGCCAUAACUUUGUGUCUUUAUUUGUAAGAAACAUGUAACAACUGGCCACAUGCCAGUGAGUCUUCCUCCUCCCCUCCCAUUUCACUUUCUUCAAAUGUUUCACAUCUUAUUUCUAAAAGGAGAAUAAUUUAUCCCUACAUGCAUUCCAUUGAGUCCCAUUUAUGUACUUAUAGAACACUUUCUGAAGUGUUAACUACUGGAUAGAACCUGAUUGUACUGCAGUUUGCUCAUAUUAUGUUAUACAUCCACUUGUGUGAUACUUUUUACUGGCAUUUGAAGCUUUCUUGUAAAAAGAAUUUUAUUCAACAAAUACAAAAAUACGUUUUAUAAUAAA